AUGGAUGAGCUUUUGCAGCUCGAUGAGAGUAUAUUUCAGGAGGAUGAGAGUCUGUAUGAUCGAAUGGAACGCUUGAGGCCGAAGUUUGACAUGACGAACGCUGCUCUGACAGCCAUGUGUGGCGACCCUCCAAUUCCCAUACAUUCAGAGAGCGACGAAGCAUGGCCACCAGAGGCUGAGUUGUUCAACAUUCUUGUUGACCUCAUCAAUGUACCGAAUCAAAACUAUAACCGCGCCACUUCGGCUUCACAAGCAGCAGCAGCAACAAAUGCGCUUUACCUCUCUAUGACCCCGGACGCGUCGCUGCGACACACGGAAGACUACUCGUAUGGUGCUCUCUGGACUGUCUGGUCGCAACUCUUCAACUUCAUCAAGCAAGUACCGGUCGAACACCAUGCGAUGCAAAGGCUGGUGGAUUGGAUUGCAGAGUUGAGGAUGAUAGAGGUGCAAACCUUGCAUAUCUGGGGCAAAGACAUCGAGCUGUGGAAAGGUCUACCGUUGUUAUAUCCGGAAUGGGUCGAAUGGGUAGAGCAGUAUUACGUGUUACCAGAGGACUGCAAGAGUCGCAGGUUCAGAACAUUUCGAGAUCUUUUGGAAACCAGUGGUGGCUACGCUCUCUGGAACUACUGGAAAUAG